CUGAUUUUUUUUUUUUAUUAUUUCAGAAUACAAGGGAAACUGCUCAGGCCAUCAAAAAAAUGUCGCUACGACGAGCACAGCGUUUCCUAAAAAAUGUUAUUGCUAAAAAAGAAAUAGUUCCAUUCCGUCGAUUCAAUGGAGGAGUUGGAAGGAAAGCUCAGGCUAAACAGUGGGGUGCUACGCAAGGAAGGUGGCCCAAAAAAAGUGCUGAAUUCCUGCUGCAGUUGUUAAGGAAUGCGGAGAGCAAUGCUGAUUAUAAAGGAUUGGAUGUUGAUCGUCUUGUUAUUGAACAUAUUCAGGUUAAUAGGGCCCCAAAGAUGAGACGAAGAACUUACAGAGCUCAUGGUCGAAUUAAUCCCUAUAUGAGUAGUCCCUCACAUAUUGAAGUCAUCUUGAGUGAGAAAGAGCAAGUUGUUGCUAAGCCCACUGCAGAAGAAGAGGCACCCAAAAAGAAACUGUCUAAAAAGAAAAUGGCAAGGCAGAAAUUAAUGCAAAGGGAUUGAGAAAUUCCAAAAUAACUGAAAAUAAACUCCUUUAUUCAGUU